AUGACGAGCGCUCCUAUCCUGCAACCAAACACCCCAAGUCGUGUUUCUAAGAUGGCCGCAAACCAAUCUGUCAACUUGAAUCAUCUUCUUAACUUCACCCUUCCUCCACGGCAGACAAGGCCUCUGACCAACAUCCCGAGGAGGAGUAGGAAGUCCGGUACUUCCCAAGGUGUAUGGAACAAGGAGCGGUUCGUCAAUGCACAGUAUCGGUUCGUCAUGAACCCAAACGGGGAUUACACCGUGCACUUCGCAGACCCAGACAUCUUCUUCCAGUGGCAGGACAUCCUUCAGGUUAUCAUCCCUCGCUCCUCCGCGCUGGCCUCUGCUUCUGCAACAGGAGAUUCGUCUGGACAGGGAGAGGGGCUUACAACAUGCCCAAUAUGCCUGUCUCCCCCCACUGCACCCCGCAUGACUAAAUGUGGUCAUGUCUUCUGCUUCGCUUGCAUUUUGCACUACUUGAGUACAUCUGAUAACAAGUGGGCGCGAUGCCCGAUAUGCUUUGACUCUGUCAACGAACGACAGUUAAAGACUGUCAAAUGGUACGACGGCCCAACUCAGGUAGACGAAGAUAUCGACGAGCCUCUGGCGGAGGCUUCGUCAUCCUCUUCGGCACUAGAUAACACCUUUGAGACUGUUCCCCGGGCAGGCUCAUCGCUACGAAUGAGGCUCAUCCAGCGUCCUCAGAUUACCACCUUAGCCUUGCCACGCUCGCCCACCUGGCCUUCUGACCUGCUCCCUCCUCACCAAGCCCCAUUCCAUUUUCUCCCCGAUGUCUUCAGCUUUUCAAAGUUUAUGCUCGCGACACCAGCGUAUCUCAUCUCUGACUUGACAAGGAACCUCGACGAACUUGCUUCGGAGCGCAGGCUGCUUGUCGAAAUGAACGAUGAUCUAGGUGUAUGCUUCAUUGAUGGUGCGGAACAGAAAGUCCGAAAUCAGAUUGCGAAGGCUGCUGCACUCGAAACCUCAGCACUGAAAGAGCAGAUCGAGAAAGCCCGACGUGGUCAACAGGAAAUCGAGGAACGUUUGUCGUUCCAUUCUCGUCGCCAAAAGGAGGAAGAAGCAGCUCGCGCUCAUCCACCCAUCUCAGAGGUACCGCAUGAGCUUCUUUCCAUUAGGUCGGGGGGUAGCACACCUAUUCCCACUCCUGCAGCAGCAGCUUCUCCGAAGGAAAGUAACCCAAGAACUUUGCAGGGCCGUAACAACCCGCCCAAACAGCGUCGCAAUCUCAACCCACCACCACCAACAACAUCAACGUACUACUAUUAUCAAGCGGCAUCCGGCCUUCCUCUCUUUCUUCACCCCUUAGACAUCAGGAUCCUGCUGUCACACUUUGGGGGUUAUCAAUCUUUUCCCGACUCGAUAACCAUUCGCGUAGAGAGUCUCUCAGAGGGCACUGUCAACGACGAUCUCCGCAAGCGGUGCAAAUACCUCGCACACAUGCCGGAAGGCGCCGACGUUGUGUUCAUUGAAGCUGAUCUUGAGGGUGUCGUGAGUUCGGAGGGCUUGAAGAACUUCGAAGGUCCACUGAAGAUGCGUACUGCAAGACGCAAGGAGAAGGGCAGGAAGGACGAUCGUGCACGUACCAGGGCUGAGGAAAGGGAAAGGGAGAAGCACAAAUCUGCUGUCUCCUCUGCUUGGACGUCCACUUCACUCGGGCCGGCGGAAUACCCGAUAGAGGACUUUUCAGCGCUGGAGGGGUCUUCGGUUGUCGUAGUGCAACCUGAACCAGUUACGGUUCCGCCUGUGACCGGUGCAUGGGGUGCGCGAAGUUUUGCGUCUGCUCUGCAUUCGACGCCUUCACAGGCUGGUCGGCCAGCCUCUGGGUCCCAUCGUGGGGUGAGUGCGACGACAGUUGAGCAGUGGGACAUGGAUGAAGCGUGGCAUGAGCUUGAGAGCAGUACUGGUGGGAGGAAGAAGCGGGGUGCUAAGCUUGUUGUUCUUGGCAGUGGUGGAGGUGGAAGACGUCGUUGA